GUCAACAUUUCCACCAUAUUAGUGGCCAAUUUCCUGAUGAAUUGAAUAUGAGAGGUGCCCUGAGUUAAUUGUUUGGCUUUCAAAUCAAUAAAAAAAAUUGUGGAUUCUGUUCAAAUUGCUUUUUUCAGGAAUUUAUACCCUCUAGUUUCUGUCCACUCUUUCGUCUUCCUGAAAAGAACCAAACAUUGGACCACCUCGGCACCUCCACAAUUCUCUUCUCACUAUAUAAACCAUUCAAAAACCCUCCAGUCAAUAGAUCUGAAAACGUUAUAUUCCUUUCAAUUUUUCUCAAGCUUUUUCAUUGGUGAAGAAAAUUUGCUUCAUUUUAAUGGCGUCCAAGAGAAUUCUUAAGGAGUUCAAGGACCUCCAAAGAGACCCUCCAAGCUCAUGCAGUGCAGGUCCUGUGGCAGAUGAUAUGUUCCGUUGGCAAGCAACAAUUAUUGGCCCUCACGAUAGCCCCUAUGCCGGUGGAGUUUUCCAUGUUAACAUCCAUUUUCCAGCUGAUUAUCCCUUCAAGCCACCCAAGGUUGCUUUUAAGACAAAAGUUUUUCAUCCGAAUAUUAACAAUAAUGGUAAUAUCUGCUUAGAUAUUCUAAAGGAUCAGUGGAGUCCUGCUCUCACCAUAUCAAAGGUUUUACUUUCGAUAUGUUCACUGCUGACAGACCCUAACCCAGAUGAUCCACUUGUUCCAGAGAUUGCCCACAUGUACAAGACAGACAAGAACAAAUAUGAGACAGUGGCAAGAAGUUGGACUCAGAAAUAUGCCAUGAAUUAAUUUGAGAGCUCUUGAUCUCAUUAUCCGAUAUGCUAAUAGUAUGUGCUGUGUGAGUUCAUAAUAGUAAUUCACCUCCAGUUUUCUUGAAAACAGGCUUUGUUUUACUAUAAACAAUGUGAAUAAUAUAGUUCAUUUGAAUAAAUGAGUUGAAUCGUAUGAGUUUGUAUUGCUGUUUAAUAUCUACAGCUUAAGUGGAAAACACCCCUUACGAUAGGAUACUCUUAAUAAAGAUUAACUAUCGAGUGCUGCUUUCUU